GACAAAGCCGUGAGCCUAUUGGCUCCAGGCCACGCUUCAGCAGAAAGGGGCUGGGCGCGCCUGCGCACUGUCAAGGCGCGUCCCCGCGGCCGUUGGAAAAUGGCGACUGUCACUGAACUGAAGGCUGUGUUAAAGGACACUUUGGAAAAAAAGGGAGUAUUGGGACAUUUAAAAGCCAGAAUCCGAGCUGAAGUGUUCAAUGCCCUGGGCGAUGACAGUGAGCCCCGGCCAUCGUUGUCUCACGAAAACCUUCUUAUUAACGAGUUAAUUCGGGAGUAUUUGGAGUUCAACAAGUAUAAGUACACCGCGUCUGUUCUCAUGGCAGAAUCUGGCCAACCUGUAGUUCCAUUGGACAGACAAUUUCUCAUCCGUGAACUAAAUGCAUUUGAAGAAUCGAAGGAUAACACAAUACCUCUUCUGUAUGGAAUCUUAGCUCACUUCUUGCACGGAGCUAAGGACGGCGUCCAAAAUGUGUUUCUGAAGGAGCCUGCGCCUCAGCCCCCGGACCUUAGCCGACCACCUCGUGGAAGGAGGCAGAUAGGUAUGCAGCUCGUGGCAAGUUUGCUGUUUGACUAUAUGUUUCUUUCUGUGAAGGAGUUUCUCCUGAGCUAUGGAGUCAUUGUUUAUUUCCACUUGUGUCUAAGCCAGUGUUACUUAACCUCCAAAAAUAAAAAAAGCUUCAUGGAAAGGAAGGGGAAGGGAGACAAGAAUAACUGGGGGCCAGAUCCUUAGAUGGAGUUUCUGUACAAAAAUGUUUUUAAAAACCCCGAUGUUCCCAUAUAUUUAUGAUCUUUGGAGCAGCUUAGAUCCUUAAAAAUACAGAA